CUAUCUAGUUAGGACUAAUUUGAACCCGACUUGUUCGCUCAUUGAGUUCACUUCCUUUAUCGAGCUGAACUAAAGCUGGCUCACGAGUCAACUCACUUCUUAGGUCCGUCAUCCUGGCUCAGCAGUCAAAAGCCAAAAAAUUGGAGCAUCGCAGACCAACCAUGGAAGAUUAGACAGAAUCCCAUCACCUUAGCCCUUUACUUUCUUGCUUCCUCCCACGUAUGCCUCUCCUUAUUCCUUCGCCUUCACAUUCAAUCCAUCCAUGGAAGGAGCCAUCUUCCCCAACCGUCCCUCUCCUCCUUUCCAUAAUGCCAAACCGCAUAGAAAAACAUCUACUCAACCUCCCCAACACCUAAAGUUCGGACCUUCCCUUCCCCCUCCUCCUCCUUCAUCCCACUCCCUCCCCCUCGACUCCCUUCUCCCCCUCCUCACCCGCCAGAACUCGCCUUCAUCGUCAUCCUCCCCAACUUCCACCGCACCAGUCCCCCGCCUCGCUCGACUUUCCUCCAUUGAUGAUCUCUGUUUCCUCUCCCCCGAAGCUGCUUCCAUUCUCCACCUCAUCCUCUCCCAACCUCUUCCAUCCCUCCCUUCCUUCCUCCGCUCCUCCAAACCCGACAUUCUCGCCGUCGACACCGUCGGCCUUCUCAAAGCAAUCGACGUCGCCGGCGAUUGGGAGCGAGCUCUUCUGCUUUUCCAAUGGCUAGCUUUCGAUGAUAAAUCGAAGAUUGACGCACCAGCCAUUGAGGUCAUCCUCCGAGUCCUCGGUCGCGAGUCACAGCACUCCCUUGCCUGCAAGUUGUUCGACUCAAUUCCUCUAAACGACUACCUUAUCGAUAUCCGCGCUUACACCACCCUCCUCCACGCCUACUCCCGCUCGGGCAAGUUUCAGAAGGCCGUUGAAUUGUUCGCGCAGAUUAAAACCAAGGAUCUUGCGCCCACCAUUGUCACCUACAACGUCAUGCUCGAUGUCUACGGAAAGAUGGGCGGAUCUCGGACUCAAAUUUUAAACCUUUUGGAUGAGAUGAGAGGCAGAGGUUUUGAAUUCGAUGAGUUCACCACUAGCACUGUUAUCGCUGCUUGUGGGAGAGAUGGGUUGGUUGAUGAGGCCGUGGAGUUCUUUCACCAGUUGAAGUCCCAAGGUUUUUCACCUGGAGUCGUCACUCACAAUGCCCUCCUCCAGGUUUUUGGAAAAGCUGGUAAUUUGCCGCAGGCACUGAGUGUUCUCAAGGAUCUGGAAGACAAUGGCUGCUCUGCUGAUUCAGUGACUUACAAUGAGCUUGUCGCAACUUACGUUAGAGCUGGGUUUUAUGAACAAGGAGCUGCCUUGUUGGAUUCCAUGGCCACUAAAGGUAUCACUCCAAACACUGUCUCUUACACCACAGUGAUCAGCGGAUAUGGCAAGGCUGGGAAGGAAGAUGAAGCAUUGAGUUUGUUCAGAAAAAUGAAGGAACUUGGUUGCGUUCCAAAUGUUUGUACCUACAAUACCAUACUCGGAAUGCUUGCGAAGAAGUCUAGGAACUCAGAGAUGUUAGAAAUACUCCUCCAGAUGAGAUCUGAUGGCUGUGUUCCUAAUCGUGUGACAUGGAACACCAUGCUUGCAAUGUGUGGAAAGCGAGGCAUGGAGCAUUAUAUCAACCAAGUGUUUGUCGAGAUGAAGAAUUGUGGUGUCGAGCCGGAUCGCGACACCUUCAAUACUCUGAUUUCAGCUUAUGGAAGGUCUGGAUCUGGUGCUCGUGCUCUAGAGCUGUAUCAGGAGAUGACUGAGGCUGGUUUUUCCCCUUCUCUUACAACUUACAAUGCACUUCUGAACGCCAUUGCUAGAAAAGGUGACUUUUUGGCUGCUGAGUCCGUGUUGAACGGCAUGAAAAGCAAGGAGUGCAAGCCCAAUGAGCUCUCCUACGCACUGCUCCUCCAAUCCUACGCAAAGGCGAGACAUUUUGAAGGGAUAGCGGCGAUCGAAGAGAAGGUUUACGCUGGCGAGAUCUUUCCGAGCUGGGUGAUCUUACGAACACUAAUCAUCUCGAAUUUCAAGUGCAGGGAGCUAAAGGGGAUGGAGCGGGCUUUCGAUGAGGUGAAGAGAAAUGGUUAUAAACCUGAUAUUGUAAUUCUGAAUUCGAUGCUCGGCAUAUAUGCUAAGAAUGCGAUGUACGAUCGAGCGCACGAGAUGUUCCAUUUGAUUCAUCAGAGCGGGCUUAUACCCGAUCUAAUCACACAUAACAGCUUGAUUGACAUGUAUGCGAAGUGCGGCGAGUGUUGGAAAGCGGAAGAAGUUCUUAUAAGCCUUCAGAACUUGGGCUUGGAAGCUGAUGUUAUCUCCUACAAUACUGUAAUUAAUGGUUUUUGCAAGCAAGGACUGAUGCAGGAAGCCAUGAGGACCUUCUCAGAUAUGAUAGAAAUCGGGAUUCGACCUUGUAUAGUUACUUAUAAUACAUUUGUUGGAGCUUAUGCGAGCAGGGGUAUGUUCAGUGAGGCUGAUGAUGUUAUUAGUUAUAUGAUGAGCCAUGGCAGCAGGCCUGUUGAGUUAACUUACAAGAUGAUGAUUGAUGGUUAUUGUAAAGCUAGAAGGUAUGAUGACGCCACGGAGUUUGUACAUAAAAUUGCUGAAAAAGACCCUUCUUUUGAUGAGAGGUUAGUGCGUAAGUUGGCUCUACGGAUACGGGGCUGGUGAGUAUCAGCACACUAACUUAAGUCAUUUUUUUUUUGGAUUAGUUGAUUCUGUAUAGAAAAAACUUCUUGCAAUAUGUUGCUUCGAUUUGCUGCCUUCAUCUUUUGUCAAUUUAGUUAUUUAAGCAUCCUGAAAAUGUAAUGUUGUUGAAUUCAAAUAUGUCUGUACCGACUGUACGUGAUAUCAGAAUUCAAAACAUUACUGACUAGAAUGGAUCGGAAACAGAAAGGAAAGUAGAAAGAGCAUGAAUCUAGAGAGAAGCUGUGUGAUUUCACCAUAUUUCUGAAUGUACAUGGUUUGAGCGAAUAAUUCAAUAUCCUUUCACUUCCUAUUCUACAUCUAUAUUUACAUAUUAGGGUAGAGACCCAAUAUUACAGGAAAGGUUAUGCAAAUAAAUUUACAUUACAGACCAUAAUGUGUGUUCCCCAUGAAAUGUACCUAGUUUGUCUGUAGUUGCUCUGUUAG